GCACGCACAAAAAACAGUAUUGAUCAGGACUUCCCCCAAGACGAAUAGCUAAUGUCAUUCUUUUGAGGAUAUUAAUUUGAAUAUCGGACGCAACAUCUCCCGUCCUCUUCGAAAAACAACCCAAAACAGACGCAGAGGGUAAAACUCAUCUUGGUCAUGGCCGUGUUCAGUGGAUUGAUCGUUGGUGUAUUGCUUCUGCCUCUUUCGGCUCCGGAUAAAACAACGGAUGGCUCUCUGUGCUCUAAUAGAGGUGGUAAUCGAACAUCCAAAUAUAUGACAUAUCUUGGUUGCUACGGGUCAUUUUGUUUUGAAUCGAUGACAACAUCAACUGUCAGUCAUGUUAGUGAUAUUGACCAGUGUACCAACCGAUGCAAGAAUGGAGGCCAUUCCUUCGCAGCUUUGGCAGAACAAACCAAUUGUUCUUGUGGAAAUUUCAUCUGCGAACGAAAGAAGGUCUGUGAUUCACAUUGCGGUUUACCUUGUCUCAAUGCGGACGAUACUGGUAACAAAAUUUGUGGCGGCAAAGGAUUUCAUCAAGUAUACAAAGGUAAUUGUUUCAACUUUGCUACCUAAAUUUCAUUUCGUAAUUUUCAUUCAACUUAAAUAUCAUUUAGUUUUAACUCUUAAAUGUCUUUGUACAGGGGACUGAACACGUACCGGGUCAGCAUACAGAUUGCUUUUUAAUAUACAAUGUUUGUUAUAGUAAUGGCGAGGGAGGCGAAGAAUGUAGAUGUUUGCAUCAUGUUGAUGAUGUGAGAAGCAGAGAGAGUUUUUAAUAAUUUCAGAUUUUUUUAAAGAUGAUAUUGGUCAUGAGAAAGCGGCAACCCCCUCCCCCCGCCCCAUGAAAUAAUCCUUUAACAGUGUUUAAGAAACGAAGCAACGGAAUAAAACGGUGAGCCUUAUGAUGAGCCUUGUGACAUUCCUUGUAGGGCAUAUUUAAAUUUGGAUUUGAUACGAAAAUUAACCUCCAUCUCAACAUAUUCUACGUUAAGGGACGCACCAUUAGAUAUCCAGG